AUGAUCCGUCAGGUCGUGCCGCGUCCCCAUGUCAUGCCUCGAGGAGUGCGUGCCGCGUUUUCGUGCUUUGGCUUCAAUGGCGAUUGCGAUGGCGCUUCAUGCGCAUCGGCCGAGAAGGAGAACGGGGAGGAGGAGGAGGCGAGGGAAGAGGGGAGGGAAGUCGCGAGGGUGGGCGAGAGCGACGACAAGAAUGAUCUCGAAUCGGCGGAGGGGGAGGAAGGGGCGGAGGAGGCGGAGGAGGCGGAAGGGGCGGAGGGGCCGGAGGGGAAGGAGUCUGACGAUGAGGGGAAUGAGUUCCGCGGAUUGGAAAAUGAGGCGGAGAUGGCGAUGCGGGCGGAAUCGACGGCGGAAGAGGGGUUCGGGGAACAAGGGGUCGUGGAAAAGGGGGUCGCGGAGGGCGCGGAGGGCGCGGAGGGCGCGGAAGGAGCGGAAGGGCCCCAUAGGCGGGAGUCGUGGGUGUCGAGUGUGGAGUGGUUCGUGUCGUGGCCGCUCAGACGACUCAGCCACCCGUGGCGCAAGCGAGUGCUGUGGCUGUGGGUGGUGCUGGCAGCGGCCAUCCUGUCACUGGUGUUUGCGACGGCAUGGCAGCAUGCAGAGGCGAGUGAGAGAGACGACCUGGAGGGGCACUGUGACGAGUGGGCAGCGUUCAUUGAGGCCAAGUUCAACACCACUGCUGCCAACACACGCUCCAUUUCCGACUUCAUCCGCGCAUACUACCUUGAUAAGUACGGCCAGAGCAGUCACCCACUAAGGCUGGACAGCCGCCUUUUGAGGCCUCUCAAAAGCCAUUUCCGACUUCAUCCGCCCCUUUCACCUUGA